AAUUUUUCCAAAAAAAUGGAAGAGAUCCAUAAAAAAUCCGAAGCUAUACUAGUGUGCUUUAACCUAGCAACUACAACAAAAAGUAUAAAUUGCAGGCGAUAUUGUUGGUUCGAAUUCGAUUGACCUGCAAAGUCAUUCGAUCACUACCAAACAUACGCACGCUGAAUCCGAGUCCUUAGCAGCUCUGUAACGACGUCAAUGAAGUGCCCCUACUGUUCGGCGGCGCAGGGGCGGUGCGCCACCUCGAGCACCGGCAAGUCCAUCACAGAGUGCAUUUCCUGCGGCCGCGUUGUCGAAGAACGGCAAUUCCAGCCCCACCACCUCUUCCACCUUCGCGCUCAAGAUAACCCCCUUUGUCUCGUCACCUCCGACCUACCCACCCCUCCAGUCCACCACCAGAACGAUCAGGUUCUGGAUCCUUUCGAGCCCACUGGCUUCAUUACAGCCUUCUCCACUUGGUCCUUGGAGCACAAUCCACUCUUCUUCCGCUCCUGCUUCUCCUUCUCCGGCCACCUUGCGGAGCUCGAGCGUACCCUAGAGUCUACGUCGUCAUCCAAUUUGCCGUCAUCUUCGACGGUAGUGGUCGACAACCUUAGGGCUUAUAUGCAGAUUAUCGAUGUGGCUUCUCUUUUGGGGUUGGAUUACUAUAUUUCCGAGCACGCGUUUAAGUUGUUUAGAGAUUGUUGCUCGGCUACUUGUUUAAGGAACCGGAGUGUUGAGGCGCUUGCCACUGCUGCCCUUGUGCAGGCUAUUAGGGAGGCGCAGGAGCCCCGAACCCUUCAGGAAAUCUCCAUUGCAGCGAAUGUACCCCAAAAAGAGAUAGGGAAGUACAUCAAGAUUUUGGGAGAAGCUUUGCAAUUAAGUCAACCCAUCAACAGCAAUUCCAUAUCAGUUCAUAUGCCUAGGUUCUGCACUCUUCUCCAACUCAAUAAAUCUGCUCAGGAACUGGCAACUCACAUCGGGGAAGUUGUCAUCAACAAAUGCUUCUGCACUCGCAGGAAUCCCAUUAGCAUCUCGGCUGCUGCUAUAUACUUAGCUUGCCAAUUAGAAGAUAAGCGGAAGACGCAAGCAGAAAUUUGUAAAGUUACAGGUCUUACUGAAGUCACCCUCCGGAAAGUCUACAAGGAGCUACUAGAAAAUUGGGAUGAUUUGCUUCCUUCUAAUUAUACUCCUGCUGUUCCACCAGAAAGGGCAUUUCCCACAACUGUAAUUGCUUCAGGCCGUUCUGCAGCUCCUAAAGUUGAUACAUUUGAAGGGGCUUCUAUAGAGAAAGACAAGGCGAUAGAAACUAAACCUAAUAUAUCCACUGAGAUCUCAGAAAUGGGUCAUCCGUCCAGAGUCAAAGAAGAUAGUGAGAGUAAAUUUGUAUCCCGUGGGAUGUAUAACCCUGUAACUAGCAAGUCAUCAACUUUUUGUCAACCACACCCUCCUAAAGGGAAUUCUAUCCCAAGUACUGUUGGGAAGAAGACUCAAAGUGAUGCCCAGGGAAUGGAUAUUGUUAAGGAGCACUCCAACAGUUAACAAUAAGAGCAAAAGGUGGAUGAAGCUCGAUGGCAUACAGUCGGCAACAUUGCCAUCAGAUUUCUGUAUCAUGUUCAACUGGCAAGUAACAAAUCUUAACCAGCCGUUUAGCUUAGUGGAAUGAAACGAUGUCGAAAUGAAAGAAAAGUGAUGGUAGAAGAACAUUUCGUUGGUUUUAUUUAGGAGGACGACCCUUCAUUUUUUUUUUUUUUUUAAGUAGAACAACUGCGGGGAUGGGAAGUGUCCGACUUCUAGGGAAAGAACGGCCCUCUGUUUAUGGAAGGCCUCGGGAAUUCAAUUAUCAAGGAGAAUUCAGUGUUUCCAACAGGAUUAAGGUACAUAUGUAUGAUUAACGCGAAACAAGAUUUGGUUUAAAACUCGUAUUUUACAUGUCUGGACUGCCAACCAUCUAGAUUUGCCUGUAUAGUUCGCAUUCACGUUACAACAGAGUAACGAUCUGUAGAGUAAAAAUUUCAGAUUGUGAUUAUUCAUACUUAAUUCCUGAUCUAUUAAGGAA